AAGCUCUUUUCUUGUGUGUGACAACAGGUCAGGGUGAGGAGGAGGAGGAGGAGGAGAGCUGCCUGCAGAUACUGGAGCGAGAGGGACAGCCCAGCCCACAGCUCGAACUUCAAGCAGCGCUCACAACUCCGGCAGGGGAACGAUCUGCUGCUUCGCACAUCGCCUCCGCCGUGUCGGAUUACAAAACGUGAGCGGAGGAGCGGAUCGGGGAGCACGGAAACUUCCUUCCAUCUGCACCGCAGCCUCAGCCAUGGGAAGCCGGAGCGGGCUCUUUGUCCUGCUGCAGACGCUUAGCACCUACCUCCUUGCCCGAGCCUCCGAGGAGGUCGUUCCCAGGGUCACCGUACACUACGGUUCCUCCGAACGGGCAGUGAGAAGGUUUCAGGCUGAUGGAGACUAUCAUUACACUACACUUCUGCUAAGCAAAGAUGGGAGUACGUUAUACGUGGGGGCGAGGGAAGCCCUCUUUUCACUCAAUAGCACAAGCUUUGCUUCCACAGAGGACCAGUUACGGCUGACGUGGAAAGCAGAUGAUGAAAAGAAGAGACAGUGUGCUUUUAAGGGAAAGGAUUCCCAGAGAGACUGUCAGAACUACAUCAAGAUCCUCUUGCAGCUCAACAGCACGCACUUGUACACCUGCGGAACAUACGCCUUCAGCCCUACCUGCACCUACAUUAGAAUCAAAGAUUUUUCUCUGGAAAAUGAUGCCUCUGGAAAUGUUAUCGUGGAGGAUGGAAAGGGACGGUGUCCUUUUGGUCCAGAGUACAAGUCCAGUGCGAUAAUGGUCGAUGGAGAAAUGUAUGCUGGCACGGUCAGCAACUUCCAAGGAAACGAGCCCAUCAUUUACAAAAGCCAUGACAGUAGGAUAUCAUUGAAGACUGAGAACUCCUUGAACUGGCUCCAAGAUCCAGCUUUUGUUGGCUCUGCUCACAUCCCAGAGAGCCUUCCCAAAGGGAAUCCAGUGGGAGACGAUGAUAAGAUCUACUUUUUCUUCAGCGAGACAGGGAAGGAGUUUGAUUUUUUCGAGAACACGAUUGUUUCCAGGAUUGCACGUGUAUGCAAGGGAGACCUUGGUGGUGAGCGCGUCCUACAGCGGAGGUGGACUUCAUUCCUAAAGGCCCAGCUUCUGUGCAUCCGUGAGGAUGAUGGAUUUCCCUUCAAUGUCCUACAAGACAUGUUUGUUCUCGUACCUGGAGAGACAGACUGGAAGAACACCAUUUUUUAUGGGGUCUUCACAUCACAGUGGAAUAAAGGGGGAGCAGGUAGUUCUGCUGUGUGUGCAUUCAACAUGGACGAUGUCCAGAAGGCAUUCGGUGGUCUCUAUAAAGAAGUAAACCGUGAAACCCAACAGUGGUACACUUAUACCAACUCUGUCCCGGAGCCACGGCCUGGAGCUUGCAUAACCAACAGCGCGCGGCAGAUGAAAAUCAAUUCCUCUCUUCAAAUGCCUGACCGAGUCCUGAACUUCAUCAAAGAUCAUUUCUUGAUGGACAGCGCCAUAAGGAGCAAGCCACUGUUACUCCAGACACAAAUACGUUACCAGCAGAUCAGCGUGCAGAAAGUCAAAGGCCUGGGAAGUGACUACACCGUUAUGUUCCUGGGAACAGAUGAUGGCAGACUACACAAAGCGGUCAAUAUAAGGAACACGGUCCACAUUAUUGAGGAAAUCCAGCUGUUUAAGAAAAAACAGCCAGUUCAUGAGCUCCUGAUUGAUCACAACAAGGGUCUGGUAUAUGCGUCUUCACACUCGGUUGUAGUGCAAGUCCCCGUCUCAAACUGUAGUAUGUACAGGACGUGUGGAGAGUGCAUCCUGUCCCGGGAUCCGUAUUGCGCAUGGAGUAAGAGAGGCUGUCACACUCUGCCCCACCAUAUACACGACCCCAAACAUUGGGCCCAAGAUAUAGAGAAUGCAGACACUGAAAAACACUGUCAACACAGCAAUCACACGAUUGCUACCGGACGCGUUAACCGGACAAAUGAAGAAGGAAUACCAUGUGAGAAGAUUCUCCUGGACUCAAAAGCAAGAAAUUCGUUGAGUUGUAAACUUUCUUCCAACUUGGCGACUCGUUUGUGGUUUCAUAAUGGGAAAGAGAUUAAUUCCUCUUACUUAGUUUUACAAAACGGAGAUCUGAUCCUUCUGAGUAGACCGGAGAGGCUGGGGAUAUAUGAGUGUUGGUCAGUUGAAGAGGACUUCAGGAAGCUGAUGGUCAAGUAUUGCGUGGAGCCAGAGGCCAUGGUCAAGACAACCACUCAAAGCACAGAAACGGAAAUGGUUAUUCAGAAAGUUAGUACGAUUGAUAAGAUUGUAAAUGCCUCCACGUUCGUCUCUUCUGGCAGCCAUUCUGCUAAGCAGCUCGGGAAGUCAUACUGGAACGAAUUUAUAAUCAUGACGACAUUAUUUGGAGUGGUUGUGGUCAUCGUAGUACUUUUCUUCCUCUACAAGAAACGUAAGGGAAUGAAAUCCAUUCUGAAGCCGGUGGAACAUCCUGAAAAGCAACUCCAAAAAUCUCGUAAAAAUGGAAAACCGGCAGAAAGUUUGCCAUUAAAUGGGACCAGUGCUCCGGUUCCCACAGCUGACCACAAAGGUUAUCAGACUCUUAAUGACAACUACAUCAUCAACACUCCUCUUCACGACCCAUUAAUCAUUAAUAACAUAUCGGAAUCUGAGAAAAGACCGUUAAAUGUCAAAGACACGCUCGUAGAGGUGUCCCCCACUUGCCAAAGACCCAGGGUACGGCUAGGAUCGGAAAUACGGGAUUCAGUGGUAUGAGGUCAUCAAAAUAAAACGUAUCCAUAUAUAUAUAAAAUAUAAGCCACAAAGGACUAGACGUGGUGGCUUUGUGCUCUGCGUAGUAAGCUGGAAAGCCUUUAUUAUUUAUGCAUGCUGUUUGGAAGAUGGAGGUGACGUUUCACAUUGUCAUCCUGUGUAC